AUGUCAUUUACCAUUGAUGGAUGGACGUCAAUUGCUGGUAGAAGUUACUACGGGGUCACUAUUCAUUAUAUAGACAAUGAAUGGAAGUAUCGAUCUGUAGUCCUUGAUUUUAUACCAUCACGCGGUCGACAUACUGGGGAAGAUAUUGCAACGAUUUUCCACGCAUGUUUAUUGGAAUAUGACAUAAUUGAUAAAAUACAGGGUAUCACGGUCGACAACGCAACUUCAAAUACCAAAUUUAUGCAUGAAUUGGACAAACAGCUGCCACACUUUGAUUUAGACAAUCAACAUUUCCGGUGCUUUGCUCACAUUUUGAACCUUGGUGUACAAGAUUUAUUAAAGACCUUAGCAAGACACAGUGAAACUGACAAUAAGGGACAAGAACAGCAGUAUGAAGACAAUGAAGACGAAACUGAGGAAGAUGAAGAAUAUGCGCCAAAUAUUGCUGACUCACUUACAGCUAUAACAAAAUUACGCAGUAUUUGCAGUAAAAUAAAAAGAAGUGAGAUAUUAAAGAGGAAAUUCAGUCUGCUUGUGAAGCAGCUGGCGUGCCAUCAAAUCUGA